AUGGCCCUGUUCAGCAACGAUAUGUGUUUACUCUCUGGUGUCGCCGGAAAAUUUGGUCGUUCGAGGGGCAUCAACUGUCUUGAGAGCGUCUUCCCGUUGACAAAAAGCCAGGAGGGCAUGUGGAUCGCCUACUUGGCAGAUUCAUCAAGCACAAAGUACAAUCUUACGCUGGAGUGGAAUUUGAAAGAUUCGCCUCCUGGCGAAGCUGACAUAACUAAUGUACUUGGAGUCAUUGAUGUGUUGACGAGAGCCCAUACUUGCCUGCGCUCCACGAUCGACACAAUAGAAGGAAAGGCACAUGUUUACGUGCAUGGCGAGAACGAUGCACACCCUCAAGUACUUGUUGUGUACCGAAAAGGGUCUGCAGUUUCCGAAACAUCACUUCGAAGCAUACUUCGACACUCAUUUGACCUAAGGAAUGAGUUUUCUGCUCUAUGGGUCAUAUUACAAGACUCCGUGAAUUUUCGAGUCUACUUGGUCGCUCACCACAUCAUCCUUGAUGGCCAGUCUAUGUCGCUUCUCUCGAAACAAUUCUACGCGUUACUGCAAAACGAGAAAGCUGAUUUCGAUACCGGAGCCAAAUUCAGCUCAAUGCACAUGAUGGAGAAAGCUUGGUUCGGAUCCGAAGCUUGUGAGAAAAGCCGCCAAACUCUCCUGUCCCAAGUUUCCAACAAGCACAAUUUUUCUUGGCCGAAAGAGCUGUCGCUGCCACAGAGUUCCGAACGCCAGGACUACCGCAAAAUCGACUCGUGGCUUACCAUUUCCAAAUCUGAACUUGCACAAUGGAGCAACUGCUACAGCACUUCGUGGUUCAGAGUUGCCGUGUCGUUGAUUGGCCUGCUUGUGGCAGACAUAACGCACCCGCCGUUUGGACACGACGAAGUGGUUUCUGUUGCCUUUGGUAGUCGGCCAAAGGAAAUGGACUCUUGCAUUGGCCAAUUCGCCAAUGCACUUCCGGUAAAGAUUCCACUUUGGGAGUGCCUUGGGGCUGACGCCUCCCAGACUGCUUUCAAAAGUUUAGUUUCCGUUGUGGGAAAGAACAUCAGUGCAGUGAAGAAGGCCGAGCUAUUCCCUGCUACCGAGUUAGCGCGGACCUGUAGGAAUCUGAACAUGGAUUAUGAACCGCCAAAAGUCACCGUCACGUACUCGCCUAAACUUGCUGAACCGAGCUGUCUCCUCUUCCCGGUGGAGGGGCCAUGGGACUUGUUCUUCUGUUUCCUAGAGUACGAGGAUCAUGUUAAACUUGGGGUGAUUUACAACCCACUGGUCUUCUCUGUCAGGGCCAUGGCAGAGAUGAAAGCAAAGAUGGUCAACUUGAUCCAGUUAAGCAAGUCACAAAACACGGCCCUGAAGGAAAUGAUCCCGUGGCUACCCAGUUACCCGCGCCUGCCCUUGCAGCCUUCAAUGGCGGACAAAGGCCGACCGCUGAAGCACAUACAUCAAUGGUUUGAGGCCCAUGCGAAAUCGAGACCAGACUCGAUCGCCUUGUCCUCAGACGAACUAGGACUUCAGAUGACAUACGGUGAAUUGCAGCAAUCGGCCGAGGAGAAAGCGAUGAGUUUGAUUCGCGAGGGAGUCGGGAAGGAAUGCAAAGUCAUCCUGAGCUUGCAACGCGGGUUUGCCGUUAUUGAGUGGAUACUCGCCGUUUUGAAGGCCGGAGCCGCUUUUGUAUACGUCGAUCCCAACCUUGAAGCGCAGAAAUCGGCCGUUGUUGCGAGCUGCAAGCCCACUCUCAUCGUCGACGACGAAACGGCUGACCACCUCAUCGCGGAAAAUGCAAAUCACAUACGGGUAGAGAACGAGUCGGGAAUGGAGACUGGUGAGAUGGACGCGACUCUGAAACUUCCCAAGGAUGACACCUCGGAUGAUGACCUGGCGUAUAUCAUAUAUACUUCUGGCUCAACCGGCAAACCUAAAGGCGCCAUGCUGGAGCAUGGCAAUGUGGCUGCUUACGUCAAGGCAGCUACUACUACAUAUGAAUGCGGCUACGGGGCACGAGUUCUCCAGCUGGCAUCUUUUUUGUUCGAUGCGUCGAUUUUGGAAUGGACCACUGCUCUUUGCACUGGAGCAACUUUAUGUUUCGCAGAGCACCCGGCACAUCUUGUUGGAGAGUAUCUCGCCGAUGUUAUCGAGCGCAACAACGUGUCGUUCUUGGAGAUUACUCCAACCGCAUUAUCAACUCUUCCCCUCAAUCGAGAACUCCCGUCGCUGAGGCAAAUAUCGGUGGGAGGAGAGUUACCCUCCCGCGAAGUUUUUGUUCAGUGGCACUCAAGAGUCAAUCUGGUCAACACAUACGGCCCUACAGAAACCGCCGUUGCCGUGGUGCUCGGCAAGAUUGACAAAACAGACCAUAUUUCAGAUACCCUGUAUACCGGCUUCCCUAUUGGCAACAAUGAGAUCUACGUUUGUUCAGAGGACUUUAAAUCUAUACUGGGGCCAAACUCGGUGGGAGAGAUCUGCAUAGCCGGACCGCAGGUCUCCCGGGGAUACUGCGACCUUCCCGAGGUCACGGCUAAACAGUUCGCUGUGCAUGCCAGUGGCGUUCGCAUGUAUCGGACUGGUGACCGCGGGCUCAAGGACAGCAAUGGCCAAGUAUUGGUUCUUGGCCGAAUUGAUCGGGAAAUGAAAGUGCGCGGGUUCCGCAUCGCCCCGGAAGAGGUCGAACAAGCGGUUCUUGAUUCGGAUUUGGGUGUGCUAGAGGUUUCAGUUCAAUCGUCCGAAGAUGGUCUGGAGCUCAUGGCAUUUGUGGCGCCACGCAACGUCGACGUUGCGGCGCUUCAAGCGAAGUUGAAGGAAUCGCUGCCAAACUACAAGGUACCGUCCAGGUUUGUCGUGGCGCAAAGCUUGCCAAAGAAUGUCAGUGGCAAAACGGAUCACAAAGCCGUGAAAGCAAGGCGCAAGGAACUGGCCAGGGAUAGCAAGCCGGAAACAACCAUGGCAAAAGGUGUCACGAUGCAACGGAAGAAUUUGGAAAACCUGCGUAAGCCGCGCAUGGAGAAUGCCGAGAACAUGGUUGGCCAAGUAUGGAAAGACAUCUUGCACCUCGAGAAACCUCCCGUCCCUACAGUCAACUUCUUUGACAUUGGCGGUCAUAGUCUGCUGGUACCCAAGCUUCACGAAAAGUUGAAAGCUACAUUCCCAUCCACGCACAUUCGACUAUUAGACCUGUUUCAUCAGUCAACAAUCCGGCAACAAGCUCAACUGGUUGGAGACGGAGCCCUGGGGAAGAGUGAGCCAGGCCUGCCGCCCUCUCCCAUGAGCUCAGGCAAAUUCACACCGCCAUCGGAGGAGAUGCCGCUCCUUGAGAAUGACAUUGCCAUUGUCGGCAUGGCUGGCCGAUUUCCCGGGGCAGCUUCCGUUGAUGAGUUCUUUGAGAAGCUCAUGAAUGGUUACUCGGGAAUCAGUCCCAGCAAUGUCCAGAAGGAGACAUUGGAAGGCAACAUUUGGGUCAACAGAGCGGGUGCCUUGCAAGACAUUGAGGACUUUGAUCAUGAGUUUUGGAACCUGUCCGAGGAAGACGCGACAGACAUGGAUCCGCAACAACGUUUGUUCUUGGAAGUGGCCUACGAGGCUCUUGCGGACGCCGGCAUCAUCCCUGGCAACAUAGACAGUGGCCGAACGGGAGUAUUUAUCGGAUCCGCAAACCAGAACUACCAUCUGUAUACAGAAGGUGUGGUGGCCGAUUCCUUCCUGCGAGAGAACAGAGGUUUUGUUGCGCCGUCAAUUUCGGCACGGACCGCGUAUCACCUGGAUCUUCGCGGCCCGAAUGUAACAGUGCAAACGAAUUGUGCUUCGAGUACAGUGGCACUGUCGCUGGCCUUUGAUGCCAUUCGCUCGGGUCGUUGCGAUACGGCUCUUGUCGGUGGUGUCUCAGUUCAGCUCUAUGAUGGCGGAUAUGUGACCAAGCAUGGACAGAUCUUCUCUCCACGAGGAGAGUGUAACCCAUUUGACAGCCGGGCGGAUGGCACGGUUCCAGGAGACGCCGUGGUAGCCGUAGUUCUGAAGAAAGCAGCUAACCAUGAUACACAGCCUUGGAGUGCCUACGCAAACUUGUUGGGAACUGGCAUUGGAGCAGAUGGUGCCUGCGAAAAGGCUGGCUACCAAGUUCCAUCACCUCGCGGCCAGGCAGAGGUGAUCAAGACGGCUUGGGCUGUUGCCGGAAUCACACCAGCGAGACUAAAAUACGCCGAAAUACAUGGCAGUGGAACUCCUGUAGGAGACGCUCUCGAAUUAGAGGGCUUGAGCUUGGCAGUUCAGGAAGCCGGAGGCGCUCAGGCGCCAUUUGUCGUCGGCUCGACCAAAGGCAACAUUGGCAAUACCCAGCAUGCAUCCGGCUUGGUCUCUCUCGUCAAACUCUGCAAGUCCAUCCAAGCUGGGACUGUGCCUCCCAUGAAGGGGCUGUCAGAACCGAAUCCCAUGAUCGACCGCAACUUGCCAUUGAGAUUCGCUACAGAGCCCACAGUAUUGGAGCAUGGCGAUAUUCUAGCCGUUUCUGCUGCCGGUUGGGGCGGCAUCAAUAGUCACUUGCUCUUGGCAUUCCCUGACCCAAGUCAUCGCAAAGAAAAGACAAAUCACGUUGCUUCCAUGACUUGGCGGCGCAAAACCUUGGCAGCCCCAAGAUUGUCGCAACCUCGUUCAGCGGGUCGCAGCGACCGUGAGGAGAUGAUGAUUGAAUCAUUUAUCCGUCAUGCUUCUAACAUUCUGGGAUGUAGCGUUGAGUCCCAUACCCGCCUCAAAGAGCAUGGUCUCGACAGUAUAAAGUACAUCGCCUUGUCGACAGCUGUGGCGAAUGAUCUUCAGACAGCACCAGUAAGGUAA